AAGCAGCAGCAGGAGCACAAAGUGAUUCAUAAAGGCAGCUACAAUUUGAGUGAACAUCCAAAGCCUAAGGUUUUUGCUGGAAUGAGCACUGAAGCAAUGCCUAUAUUGGGUGAGCAUGGUAUGGCCCUUCCUAAUGGAACAGUCAGCUGGAAUGAAACAAACACAUCUUGCCCUUGGCCGGAAGACUGGCAAUGGUUGUUACGUAUUCAGCCUGCCUUUCUCUGGUUUCUUACUAUAGCCGGAACAGUGGGGAAUAUAUUUGUUCUCAGUGUCUGGUGCUUCCAUAAGAGCCGCUCCACUGUGGCUGAAAUUUACCUGACAAAUUUAGCAGCAGCAGACCUUCUGUUGCUCUGUGGAUUGCCUUUCUGGGCUAUCAAUACAGCCAACAACUUCCAUUGGCCCUUUGGGCUCAUCCUCUGCAAAAUCAUCAACUCAUUCCUUGUUAUCAACUUAUAUUCAAGCAUUUAUUUUGUGGUCAUGGUGAGCAUUGAUCGCUACUUGGCCUUGGUGAAAACAAUGUCUCUGGGACGCAUGAGACAACCAAUGUAUGCCAAAUGGAUUUGUCUUGUGAUUUGGAUUUUUGCCCUUUUCCUUUGCUUUCCUACUCUGGCAUUCAGGUCAUUAAAGGAUGUGAAUGCAUAUGAGGCCCUGGCCUGUAUUUUGGAGUAUCCAUCUGUUUUUUGGUGGACAGUUAUCACGGCCGUUUUGCUGAACACAGUGGGCUUUCUGAUACCAGUCUGUAUCAUUACCUACUGUUCUGUUCAAAUCAUCCACACUUUACAAAACCGUGACACUCAAAAGAUCAGAACCAUUCAAACUGAGAAAAAAGCCACCAUAUUGGUUCUUGCAGUCCUUCUUCUGUUUAUCAUCUGCUGGCUUCCAUUCCAAAUCACCACAUUCAUAGACAUGUUAUUUCAAAUAGGUAUCAUUUCUGAUUGUGAUGUAGAGCACGCUGUUGUUGUGGCUAGCCAGAUUGGCGUCUAUUGUGGUUUCAUCAAUAGUUGUCUUAAUCCAAUAGUCUAUGUCAUCGUGGGUAAACAUUUCCGAAAGAAAUGCAAGGAAGUUUACUUUGGCAGAGUUUUUCGAAGACCUAGCUCAGCAUCAUCAAUGACAACCAUGGAAAUUUUCCAUACUCCCUUUUCAGUAGAUACUCAAAGGAAAAAAUCUGCUGUGAAUUUAUCCCAAAACCAUAAUUAGCUUAUUUCAUUAAAAAAAAAAAAGAUAAGAGGUUAAGUAAAAGUAUGGUUUUAAGUGGAACUUCAUUUUCAGUGAUAAAGACUAAUGUGUUACAGAUUAAAGUUUGGUUUGCAUAAGAUGCCAGCUCUAGUCAAUUAAUGGGGCUCAAUUAGUAUGUUUGUACAUAUGUGCCUGAAUAUAUGUCUAUGUGAAUAUCAAAUAUCUGCAUCAGAUAUUAGAUAUCCUUUUCAAAAAAAAAAUAUUUCUGGAAAGAAAAAUCAUGUAUGUCUUCUAUGGUAUUUUAGUAGGGAAUUCAAAGAUGUUCAAAUACUUGGGAAAUCUUUAGAUGAACUCCUUUGUUCUGGAAUCCUUGCUCUUCUGUCACAGGAAUACCACCCUAACCAUUGUAUAGGUUCCUUUUGGCUUGAACAUGAGAGUAAGCAUAAAUCCUAUUCAGAUUGCACAGUGAAUAUACAAAAAGGAGAAGACAACUGCUCUUGCUAUGACUUCCAAGCUUAACACCUUCAAGUUACAACACAUUUUGUCUCAGCUCCAAGCAUUUACUUUCCUGCCAGAUAAAGAUAAUCAGUUGUGCAACUGUUUACCCAUAAGGCCCUUUUAACAAAGUCUGGUACUCAGUAAGCAGCCCUACCAUGAGGAAUACUUCAGACCCAUACAUGUUCAGUUCUUAUUCACCGUGAUAGGGAGCUAAAGUUAUACAGCUAGUCCUCAACAUACAACCACAAUUGAGCCCAAAAUUUAUAUUGCUAAGUAAAACAUUUGUUAAGUGAGUUUUGCUCCAUUUUACAACUUUACUUAUCACGCUUGU